CAAGUCUGCAACAUAGUGUGCGACCAGAGUACACAGCGCGUCUUUGUCCGGCUAGAACUCCAUUUUACGCCAACCAAGGAACUGUUGGGACAGGACCCAAGCAGUCAGGCAGUCAGAUUGGCAGAACAUUCCAUUUACCAGUUUGAAGGCGGCAAGCUUAUCAGGAUGUGGACGAUUGUAGACUGGGAGGGAUUGCGAAGACAUAUGGUGGCGCACUAG